GUCAAAUGACACAUGAAGGUCAGCACUGGCAUGCCACAGAGGAGUGUUUCUGCUGCCACACAUGCCGUGCCUCCUUACUGGGCCGACCCUUCCUCCCAAGAAGAGGAGCCAUCUUCUGCUCAAUUGCUUGUAGCAAGGGUGAACCUCCAACACCUUCAGACAGCAAUGCCAACACGCCCGUGGGUUCUCAGGCUCCACUGCAACAGCCCAAACAAUCUAAUGGUCUAGAACGACGACAUUCAUUGUCAUAUGAUGCCUCAGACUCUACUCUGACAUCACCUCCAGCCACCAGGCCUCCCACUAAGAGCGUCAGUCAUGACUCGACAUCUGAUCAGAGUGAUGCUACUUCUCCUUUGCCAGGACGCAAGGGAAUUAAAUCACCUUUGCCAGACAUACAAGUGGUAUCCAAAUCACCCAAAAUGCGACGACGGGCCUUAGCUACUUCACCACUGGUAGAGAACCCAGGUGAAAGCUCUGAAGCAACCAGUCCUCGAUCACCUCUCCUCAGCAGAAAGCCGUCCAGUGCUACAGGUUCUCAGCCCCGCAUUUCCAGGGAAAGCUCAUUUCAGAUUCGUGAUUUGCAAAGACCACGAAAUACUCCUGCACUUUCCAGAGAAGCUUCCAUGUCAGGCAUCCAUGGUAUAACUCACCCAAAUGCUCAUGUAUCUGCACCUUAUGUGUCUAGUCCACGCUCUCCUAUGUCUGGAACAUCAGUGGAGAAUCCUGUACAUCGACCGGGUGAAAAUAUUCCAUCUCCUGCAUCGCCACGAUCACCUCGAUCCCCACGGUUACAAUGUGCACAGUCUUCAAGACAUGAGUCACUCAGACACCCUCUGGACUCUCCUCACUGUACAUCAGAAAUUGGGUCCUCUCGUGUCCCUUCAGAAUUAGGUGGCUCACGAGCUGCUUCAGACAUAGGGUCACCGAGGCCCAGCCAUCGUUCUGUGGUAGCUGUGAGCAGUGAGGAAAUAAGAGGGCAGACACAGGCUAAUCCUCUCAUGCGUUCACCCAAGAUGGGUCGCAAGGCCUUACAGCUUCAGCAGUCUCCAAAAAUGGGACGGCGUGCUUUGGAAUUCAGAGGAACAGAUGGAAGCACUGUGUCUUCAUCUUGUCAGACAAGCCCUCACUCUCCCCCAUCCCAGAAGCAUCCCCUCACUUCCACACCAACAGGCGAGGCUGGAGAGAGUUUGCCUGCUGAGGUGGUAGUGCAACGUGGAGUUGAGCUUGUUGGAGCGGGAUUGGAUCGUCUCGUGCUAGAACGAUCUCUGGGUCGCAUUCUUGCAGAACAAGGUAUCAAUCUCUUGCGAGAAGUAGCAGCAACAAGUGCUCCUGGCACACUGGAGUCUCUCCUACAGAACUCUGAUGUAUUAUCUAAUGCUGCUCGUCGACAACCAUUGGAUCUUUCAGCAUUAUCUGAUCUGAAUUUAGAAGCUCUGUUGGCAUCCGAGGAGGCCACAAGGGGGCGUGCUUCACCAGCACAUGCUUCCAUGCCUGAUCUGAGCCAGCAUGGUGAAUCGUCUGCAUCCACAUCACCAACAAACACCCCAACACCAGGAGCUCCUAGGAAAAGCUCUCUCUCUUCACGUCAAAAAGACAGGCAUAACCGUUCAGUGAGAUUUGAUCCAGCCCAAGUGGGAGAUGCUGCAAGUCGUCAGGAUCCUUCUCGUGAGCCCCGUGAAUCAUCAUCCUCCUCUUCAUCAUCUGGGUCGGCGCCCACAGCACUAGAAGUUGAGCCAGCUGCAGGUGCCACACCCUGUCGUCAAAGUCGCCACAGAUCCCAUGGCUCACACAGGAUCCCAAGAUCUCGCUCAUAUUCUGGUUCGGCUCCAGCACCAGAUGGUCAGACUCCCCGGAAAGCACCAUCAGCACCAGGACUAGAAGAUGCAGACUGGGACAACGAAUCUGUGUGUUCCACUUGUUCUUCAUCUUCUUCAGAUGAAUUUGAUUAUGAAUUGCCUCCCAGAAGAGCUUACGGUGGUGUUCGUAUAAGUUAUGUGCCUAAUGAUGCCUUGGCAUAUGCUAGACGACAGGCUGGAGCAGCUCAGACACCAGGAUCCCCAUCCACACGAAAGAGAUUUGGAGAAAAAGACAAAAACUGCAUUAUAUCGUGAUGGCGUCAUGAACCGGUCCACUCCAGCUAUGCAGUAGCCAAGUGCGCUUAGUAGUAUCAGAGUAGUGCUCUGCGGGGCCAGGCUUCAGGGUCCUGCCCUGGCCCCGCGCUUUAUUUUCCUGGCUGCAGAGCUGUCUACCUCGCGGCCCUGGUGGCCCUCUACUCGAGAGAGUGCCAACUCAGGGCCUCGCCGCACCAGUAUUGUUGGGCAGUGCCACAUCCUUUCCGUGAACUCUCACACUCAUUAAUACAGUUUAUUCAUCGAAGUUCAUGGUACAUGCAUAGAUAUUUACAAAAAAAUGUGGUAAAUUUUUAGUUAAUGAGUGAUAGAGUUAAUUAUUGUGUAAAGACUAUCUGUUAUCACAGAGUCAGUCCUCGUUAAAGCUAUCAUCAUCCAUCACCUCAAUAAAAAGCAGUAAAAGGUGUACUUGUACUGCAUGUACAACUGUACAUGUGAAAAGUGAUGAGG